AUGAGUGCACAAGGAUUCUUCGCAAAGAGGCCAAAGCUGAAUCCGCAAAGUAAUGAUGAUGAUUCUAAGCCCUGGGUAGAAAAGUAUCGUCCUAAGAAGUUAGACGAGGUGGCGGCACAGGACCAUGCUGUGAGCGUUUUGAGAAAGACACUACAAUCUGCCAAUUUACCCCAUAUGUUGUUUUAUGGGCCGCCUGGUACCGGAAAGACAUCAACUAUUUUAGCUUUGACUAAAGAACUUUAUGGACCUGACUUAAAGAAAUCAAGAGUUUUAGAAUUGAAUGCCUCAGAUGAGCGUGGUAUAUCUAUUGUCAGGGAAAAGAUAAAGAAUUUUGCACGGUUAACUGUUUCAAACCCAUCGAAAAAGGACCUCGAGAAUUACCCAUGUCCGCCUUAUAAAAUAAUCAUUUUAGAUGAAGCUGAUUCGAUGACGGCAGAUGCCCAAAGUGCACUACGUAGGACGAUGGAAACAUACUCCAACGUUACUAGAUUUUGCUUGAUCUGCAAUUAUGUCACUAGAAUCAUUGACCCACUAGCAUCUCGGUGUUCAAAGUUUAGAUUCAAACCACUUGAUUCUACAAAUGCCCUUGAUCGGAUCACUUACGUUGCAAAGGAAGAAUCGUUAAAUUGUAAUCGUGAAGUACUUGAGAAAAUAUUAGACAUUUCGCAAGGUGACUUGAGAAGAGCAAUCAUGUUAUUACAAUCUUCCUCAAAAAUGGUGAAACAUGUUGACCCUCCUGAAAUCACAGCUCUGAUGGUAGAUGAAGUAGCAGGUACUGUUCCAUCAGAGGUAUUGAAUGAAUUGGUUGAUAGAAUUUCUGCGGCGAACUUUGAAAAUAUUAUUGAAUAUGUGAAUAACUUGAUGAAGAGUGGUUGGAGCGCAGCGGCAGUUGUCAAUCAGCUACAUGACUACUAUAUCAAUAAUGACAAUUGCUCCACAGAGUUCAAAAACAAUGUUUCAUGGCAACUUUUUGAUAUCGAUUCAAAACUGUCAAACGGUACUAAUGAGCAUCUGCAGCUGUUAAAUUUGUCUUUGCAAGUUGCCGACUUAUAUAGGAAGGAAACGUAA